GCUUGGGCGCAGCGCAGUACAGUUCCAGCCGUUCGCGCAGCAACUGGCUUUACGCCAGCCACACUCUCGGGAGAGAUCGUACGGAAGUCGGACUUGAAAUCAGUGCGAAGUUUCUUUAUUUUUCUCGGUGAAAUACUUGUGGAACAGAAAGUGAACCGCGCCGAAUUGCGCACAGCAAGAUGUCGCUGGGAGUGGAGAUCUUCGACCUGCCGGCAAGGCACUUCCAGGUGUUUUGGGGUGCCUCCGGUGAUCUGUGGCAGUCCCUGUGGGAUCGAGUGCUGGAUGUAACAGGUGACGACCCGUUCCGGCUCUGGAUCUUGGGAACCCUCAUCUACACCAUGACCCUGUACUGGACCAUCGGUUCGAUCUACACGCUCCUGGACGUCACCAACCGGCCGGCCUUCAUGCGUCGUUUCAAAGUUCAACCGGGCACCAACGAACCCGUCGACAACGACCGACUCCGCCGCGUCAUCCAGCAAGUCCUCUUCAACCAAGUCUUCACCGGCCUUCCGAUGCUGCUGGGCCUGUACCACCUGAUCACCCCACAAACGCCGGAGCUGAUCCGCAAGCUGCCCACCUUCACCACCGUCCUGUGGCAGCUGGCCGUUUGCAUCGUGAUCGAAGAGCUUGGCUUCUACUACAGCCACCGGUUGCUACACCAUGGGCGUAUCUACCGCUUCAUCCACAAGCAGCACCACGAGUGGACCGCGCCGAUUGCCAUCACUGCGAUGUACGCCAAUCCGAUCGAGAACUUGAUCAGCAAUCUGCUGCCGAUAGGAGUGGGCGUGUGGUCCACUGGAUGUCACAUCUCAGUGGCCUGGCUGUGGUUCACGAUGGCCAUCUCGAAUACGCUGCACGUGCACUCGGGGUAUCACCUGCCGUUCCUACCCAGUCCGGAACAGCAUGAUUUCCAUCAUUUGAAAUUCAACCAAUGCUUCGGAGUACUGGGAGUUUUGGAUUGGCUGCACGGCACAAGCAGCAUGUUCAAGAGCUCGAAGCAGGCAGAACGGGACUACAUCAUGACCGGGUUCAGGCCGGUUCGAGAGAUUCAUCCCGAUCAGGGUCAGGAAGGAGGCAAGAAAAUCAAAUGAACAAUCAAAUGAAGGAAGUGAGUAGCUCGAAGCAACAACGGAAGCUCGAUGGAAGGCUGAAAAUGACACAACAAGUCAAUGCAAUUGGAAAAAUGACAAAAAAAGUGCUUUAUUGAUAUUACUUAGUAAGUUGAGCGUUUAUUGGGAUACCAUUUAUCUUGAGAUGAAUUUUAUGACACAGUAAUAAAUAAUCUGAAAAUUUUAAAA